AUCAGAUCAACUCAAUCAAUGACAAGUGAACGUGGAUGCUCGAAGUCAGCCGAAUAACUUAAAGCGAGAUUUGUGGGAAAGAACCGAGUAAUUCGCCAAUAUCGCUCUUUAGUGUAGCCGCUAACUUACUAUAUUACUUUAUAACACUUGGUAAUAUUAUUAAUUGGAUUUCGUAAGAAGUGACUAUCAUUACUUACGUCUUGUCCAGUAAGCAUUAAAAUACAUCUUGUGAUAGACUAUUUGACGCGAAAACAAUACAUAAGUAAGAGACUAUUAUUCAUUAAAUCUGUAACCAUGGCACCUCCUGACAGUAUUGUCCGUUUAAUAUACUCAUAAGUUAGUAAAUGGUUAGGACAGAUGCAUUGUUUAAAACUCAAUUUGAGUUUAUCUGCGGGUAACUUAAGACCCCUUUUUUAAACCCAGAAAAGGUAAUUAAUGCCAACAUAAAAACACAACUCUAUAGAAACUAGACUACAUGUGGAGGAACGAUGUCCUUGUUGGAUCAUGGAUAAAACAGGAAAUUGUAUGUCUAAAAACGAAGUUGAUCAUGGUGGCGAGUCUCAGAAGCUUGCAACUUCAAUUGCCGAAGAUUUGGAAAAAGGAGUGUUGGAACGCCGUCGAACUAUGUCCUUGCCGUCUCGCCCCAUUGGCUUAUCGGCUGAGUUACUAGAAAAAGCUCGAAGUGUCCGGGGCUCUGCAAGCUGUACAACAUCUCCACAGAAGGUCACUGAAAAUGAUCAGCCUAAUUCAACAAAGCAGUCUACUCUAAAAUGGAUGGACCCCAAAAAUUCCACAAUUCGGCAGCAUUAUUAUCCAGAAGGUGGUUGGGGGUGGGUGGUCUGUGCCUGCGCUGUUUUCGUACAUGGCCUUACUACCGGUGUUCAGCUGUCGUACGGUAUGUUUUACGUGGAAGUUCUAAGGAUGUUUGGUGAAGACAAGGAUCAAGAAGCAGUUUGGGCGGGAGCUCUCUCGAUGUCAUGUGGCUUUUUCGUUCCUCCUGUGGUUGUUGCUGUUUGUCGAAGAAAGAGCACCAGACUCACAGCGGUGAUUGGAGGAUUAAUGACAGCUCUUGGAUGCCUUUUUACCUCAUUUGCCUCUCAAAUGCACCAAGUAUUUAUGAGUUACGGAGUUUUCAUGGGUUGUGGAAUCGGGAUUGUUAGAGAAACUUCAAAUAUUAUGAUUGGACAGUACUUCAAACGCAGGCGCGAAUUAGUGGAGCUGUUUGUCCAAUCGGGCACAGGACUAGGAAUCGCAGUCAUGUCUGUACUGUUAGCGAAGCUUAUUAGGUUGUUGGAUUGGAGAUUGGGACUCCACGCUGUAACGGGUAUCGUGUUUUUAACGUUUUUUCUUGGAUUUUUUUACCGAUCAGCCUCCUUGUACCACCCUCAGCGAAGAGCAAUACUUCAUUUGAAGAACCAGAAACGAAAAGUUAAAGACAAAAAUGUUUCUCAAGAAAAGAUUCCUUUCCUGGACUUUUCACCUCUUAAGACAAAAACCUUGCAAAUAAUCAUGCUUUCAACCUCACUGUCGUCGUUUGGGUUGUAUACACCAUAUUUUUACUUGGUUCAUAUAACCAAAGAUGAAGGGCUGGAAGACAGUUCCGUUCUACUUCUCCAGCUUUUUCUGGGUUUUGCUUACAUGUUAGGGUGUUUUUCGUUUAGUAUGCUCAUCCUAAAAAAUAGCGCACAUUGUAUGAUAGCUCGUCAGUAUUUGUGGCAGGCUUCCAUGUUUGGAACUGUAAUCGCCAUUUUAUCCUUCUGUGCAGUGAAUGAAUAUAAUGGAUAUGUGUUAUUUGUCUUCGUCUACGGAAUCUUUAGUGGUGGAUAUCAUUAUAGCUUAAAAAUGUAUUUGUACGAGAAGGUGAGGCCGAGAAAUUUUGACCGCUCUUGGAGCUAUCUCCAGUGUUCGCAGUCUAUACCUGUAUUACUUGGCAUUCCUGUUACAGCUUACAUCAAUAGAAGCAGGGGACCAAAGAUGGGUUUCUUGUUUUCAUGCGGGUGUAUUUUGGCUGGAACUCUUUCCCUUUUUCUCAUGAACCUUCGUAGGAAUGUCACUAAGAAAUCCCGUCAAGCAAUAGCCAACAGCGUAGAUGACCAAAACCGCUGUGAACUUGAACGGUGUUUCACCAUACGUAACAGUGAUAUCUGUACUUGUGGGAAUAAUGUAAGCCGCAUGAGGGCGCCACCAUUAGAUGGGUGUCAGAGAACCAUUUCCUUUGCGACGUCAGUAGAUGUGGCUGAUGAUGAGAAACGUCCAGAGCAGUUGACAUGCAUCUCCGAAGAAGGCCUGAUAGAUUUAGGAGAAAAUAAUCUUUUGGACGAGUGGUGUGGUGCUGAGUGUAUCACCUCUUGCAAUAAAGAAGAGAAGUUCUUGAUGAUUAGUGAGUUUGAGAAUAACAUGAAUGAAAACGUUUCCACAUCUGAUAAGCACAACUCUAAAAGAAAAACUUGCACUCAUCCUGCACUUUAUGACAUCAUGAAGCAUAACCAUUGUGAUGAUACGAGCAUCCCACGUGGCCCAAGUAAACCAAUCUCAAUUAUUGAAGAAGUCACAAGUUCUGUUUAAACGAACCCCUAUUUUCAUUGUUGUAGCUUUGUAUUCGUAGGAGAAUUAAAACAUAAUAAUGUCUCUUGUUAA